AUGCCGCUCGAGCCGCUCGAGCCGCCCCCGCCCGGUCCGCCGAGCAGGCAGGUGGUGUACGUCGCGGACGAGGACCAUACGAUCCGCUUUGUGGGGUACGAGAUCGUGCGGUGGCGGCAGUACCUCUGGUGGGCGCUGUGUGUGUGCAGCGCUGGGAUUCUGGGGCUCCUGGGGCACUGGUUCCCGCGGACGUGGCUGCGGUGGGUGGUCAAGGAGCGGGGGUUCAAGGACCUCAAGCACGGGUUCGUGGUUAUCGAGUCUGCGCAUAGGGAUAUCACGUUGUUCCGCAUCAAGCGGUUGGCGUACCCGUACAGGCGGUCGACCGUUUUCCCCUACAAGUCGUCUGGCAACGGUGGUCCGUCGAGGAGAGCGUCGAGCUCGUCGUUGGCGCGUGUGAUGAUGAAUGGACACGCGGGGGGCAAUGCCAACGAUGAGGUGCUUCGCGAUUUGCUGGUCGUCGAUUAUCGUUAUUCUCGGUUCGCGCUUGAUCCGCAGACGGGCCUUUUCAGCGCUAUAAGGGACUGGCGGGACCCGUCGUGGACUGGUAUUCCGUCGGUGCAGAACGGCGUCCCCCAGCCCGUGCGCGAGCAGCGCGUGACGCUGUUUGGACUCAAUGUCAUUGACAUCGAGGGCAAGUCCGUACCGUCGCUGCUCAUCAAUGAGGUCAUGCAUCCGUUCUACGUCUUUCAGGUCGCGAGCAUCGUUUUGUGGUCGUUCGAUGACUAUUACUACUAUGCCUUUUGCAUCGCGCUUAUAUCGACGCUGAGCAUUGUGACUACACUUAUGGACACGAAGAAGACUAUCAAGCGGAUGCGCGAGAUGUCGCGCUUCUCGUGCAAGGUCACCGUCUUCAUCGACGGCUCAUGGACAGAGCGCGACUCGACGGACCUCGUACCAGGGGACAUCAUCAACCUCUCCGAGCUGCAGUCCGCGCUGUUCCCAGCGGACAUGCUGCUCCUCUCGGGCGACGCGAUCGUGAACGAGAGCAUGCUGACGGGCGAGAGCGUGCCGGUGUCGAAGGUGCCCGCGCGGGACGAGGACGUGGCGCGGUGGAAGGACGUGGGGGACGUGGGGCAGGGGGAUGGGGUCGGGAGGGCGUUUGUGUAUUCGGGGACGAAGGUGGUGCGGAUUCGGGGGGCGUUGGCGCCAGAUGGGACGACGGGGAGGCCGGCGCUUGGGUUGGUGGUGCGAACUGGGUUUAGUACGACCAAGGGGGCGCUGGUGAGGUCGAUGUUGUUUCCGAAGCCUAUGGGGUUCAAGUUCUACCGCGACUCGAUGCGCUUCAUCGCUGUGCUGGCUGGUAUCGCCGGUCUCGGGUUCUGCGUCAGCGCAGUGCAGUUUGUCCGCCUCGGUAUCCCAUGGAUAACCAUCCUCGUGCGCGCGCUAGACCUCAUCACCGUCGUCGUCCCGCCCGCGCUCCCCGCGACACUCUCGAUCGGGACGAGCUUCGCGAUCGGGCGCCUGCGCGCGCUCGGCAUCUUCUGCAUCUCGCCGUCGCGCGUGAACGUGGCGGGCAAGAUCAACGUGUGCUGCUUCGACAAGACGGGCACGCUCACCGAGGACGGGCUCGAUAUUCUCGGCGUGCGCGCGCUCGAUCGUACUGCGCACAGGUUUGGAGAGCUUAUUGAUGAUGUGCAUGAUGUGCCUGCUAUUACUGCCUCUGCCACUGCCGCCGCUGCCAACGCCAACGCCAGCGCGAGGGGGCGCGCGAAUAGCGGGGGCGGGGGCGGAGGCAGCAAUGCGAGCUUCACGCACGCGCUCGCGACGUGCCAUGCGCUCAAGAUGGUCGGGGGCAACGUGAUCGGAGAUCCGCUGGACGUGAAGAUGUUCGAGUUCACGCGGUGGACGCUCGAGGAGGGUCUCGUAGCUGGCACAGGCGUCAUCCGCGCGCGUGGGGGCGCGGAGCGGCCCGCGGCGCUCGUGCAGACUGUUGUGCGGCCGCCCGGGAGCGCGCGGUUCCGGCUUGAGGACGCGCUCAAGGCUGGCGGGCGGCACGCGCAUUUUCUGGAGCUGGGUGUGAUUAGGACGUUUGAGUUUGUGUCGGGGUUGAGGCGGAUGAGUGUGGUUGUGAAGAGGUUGAGGAGUAGUGCGAUGGAGGUGUAUGUGAAGGGUGCGCCGGAGGUUAUGAGUGAGAUUUGUGAUAGGGCGUCUUUUCCUGCGGAUUAUGAGGACUUGUUGUCGUAUUAUACCAGGCGCGGAUACCGUGUCAUCGCGAUGGCGGGCAAGAGCAUCGAGGGCCUGUCGUGGCUCAAGGCGCAGAAGAUGAAGCGCGAACAAGCCGAGUCGGACCUCCAGUUCCUGGGGCUGAUCAUCUUCGAGAACAAGCUAAAGCCUGGCACCGCGCCUGCCAUACAGACGCUGCGCGCGGCGCACCUCGCGUGCCGGAUGAUCACGGGCGAUAAUCCGCUGACGGCCGUGAGCGUCGCUCGGGAGUGCGGUCUCGUGAACCAGGCAGCGCACGUUUUCGCGCCUGCUUUUAUCAGUGGCGGCCCGACGACGCCGCACUCGAAGCUGGAGUGGUCCUGUAUGGACGACGUGUCGUGGAAGCUCGACGCGUAUAGUUUGAAGCCGCAGACACCGCCGCCGCACCAUGCUGCGGACGCGGACGAGAUUGAUUACCAGGAUUAUGCGCUUGCGGUGACGGGGGAUGUGUUUAGAUGGAUGAUCAACUAUGCGCCGCUCGAGACGCUGCAGCGUAUGCUCGUCAAGGCGCAGAUUUUUGCACGCAUGUCUCCCGACGAGAAGAACGAGAUUGUCGAGCGGCUGCAGUCGCUGGGCUACACUGUGCUGAUGUGCGGCGACGGCGCGAACGACUGCGCGGCGCUCAAGGCUGCCGACGUGGGCAUCUCGCUGUCCGAGGCGGAGGCGUCGGUGGCUGCGCCGUUCACGAGCAGCACGCCGGACAUCAGCUGUGUGAUCGAGGUGAUCAAGGAGGGCCGGGCUGCGCUUGUGACGAGCUUUUCGUGCUUCAAGUAUAUGGCGCUUUAUUCGCUCAUCCAGUUCACGACUAUCACGCUGUUAUACUCGUUCGCAUCAUCGCUAGGGGACUUCCAGUUUUUAUAUAUAGAUCUGUUCAUUAUCAUUCCCGUCGCCGUGUCCAUGGGACGGACACUGCCUUUUCCUAGGCUGCACCCCAAGCGGCCGACGGCGAGUCUAGUGUCGAAGAAGGUGCUCGCGAGUCUGGUGGGGCAGAUCGUGAUUACGAGUGCGGUCCAGUUCGCGGUCUUUGUUUGGGUGCGGGGCGAGCCUUGGUACGUGCCGCCACCGUCGAACGGGCCAAAACAUGGCGGGUCGGACAACCACCUCGAGUCGACCAACUUUGAGAACACGACACUGUUUUUGGUGUCGUGUUUCCAGUACAUCCUCGUCGCGGGGGUAUUCAGCAUCGGUCCGCCGUAUCGCAAGCCGAUGUGGACGAACGCCUGGCUGAUGAUUUCCCUCGUCGUGCUAUCGCUGUUCAAUCUGCUCGUGUUGCUGCGCGUGCCGCGGCCGCUGGGUCUGAUUCUGGAGCUGAUGCCGGUGCCGUUCUCGGCGCGGAUGACGCUUGUCGGCUUUGUGCUUGUCAACAUUGUGCUGUCGUUGGCGUUUGAGCAGUGGGCUGCGGGUGCGAUUUCUGUUGCGAUUGGGGCGUUGAUGAAGUACCGUCGGGAGAACCGGCGGUACCGGGAGGGCAAGGCGUACAAGGCUGUCGAGGGUGGGAUGCGGGGUGGGCGGUAG